GGCGCCGCGUUUCACCGCAGAAAACGACGCCGUUUCUCUCGGCGCCGCAGGGUGCGUUUGGGAAAUGUAGUGCCGCCUCCGGUUUAUAGGUUGUUGGGUUGUUUUUUUUUUUUUACCCAGUAGGCUCUUCGGCGUAUAAGAAGGCGCUGCAACCAGCCUGCACGGCACUGACAUUUUCCGCGAGUGCGCGGAUGGAGGUGCUGGUGCGAAGCCUUCAUUAAAGCUCUGCGCGUCGUCUUUUCCACUUUAGCGAGCACUUCCGAGCGUGGAUUCGCUGUCGCCACCAGCUUGUCUGAGGGAACCUCGAGGAUGGCAAACAUGGCUGAAACCUCAUCCAGCGGUGAGAGUGAGUCUUGCAGCGUUCUCACCUGGGACCAGGUGAGCCGUCUGAACGAGGUGCUGACGGAGGCGGUCCCCGUCCACGGCCGCGGCAACUUCCCCACGCUGGAGGUGCGUCUGAAGGACAUCGUGCGGCUGGUGCGCAACCGGCUGGAACAAAGGGGUAUCAAAGUCAAAGAUGUCCGUCUGAACGGCUCCACGGCCAGCCACGUGCUGGUGAAGGACGUUGGCUGGAGCUACAAAGAUCUGGACGUAAUUUUCAGGGUGGACCUCCCACAGGAAGUGCAGUUCCAGCUCAUCAAAGACGUGGUGCUGGGGACCCUGUUGGACUUCCUGCCGGAAGGGGUGAACAAGGAAAAGAUUGGCGCCGUGACCCUGAAGGAGGCAUACGUGCAAAAGCUGGUGAAGGUGUACACGGAGCAGGACCGCUGGUCCCUCAUCUCGCUGUCCAACAACGACGGCCGCAACGUGGAGCUCAAGUUUGUCGACUCCAUCCGCAGGCAGUUCGAGUUCAGCGUGGACUCCUUCCAGAUCAUUCUGGACUCGCUGCUCUCCUAUUACGACUUCUCGGAGAACCCCAUGUCCCGGCUCUUCCACCCCACCGUGGUGGGCGAGAGCGUGUACGGUGACUUCGCCGCCGCGCUCCACCACCUCAGGAACAAGCUGAUCGCCACCACGCGACCAGAGGAGAUCCGCGGCGGCGGCCUGCUCAAAUACUGCAAUCUGUUGGUCCGGGACUUCCGGCCCACGGACCAGGACGAGUUCAAGGCCCUGGAACGCUACAUGUGCUCGCGCUUCUUCAUCGACUUCCCGGACAUCGUGGAGCAGCAGCGGAAGCUGGACGCCUACCUGCAGAGCCACUUCGUGGGCGAAGAGAGGAGCAAGUACGACUACCUCAUGAUUCUCCGCCGCGUGGUCAACGAGAGUACGGUGUGCCUGAUGGGACAUGAGAGGCGUCAGACGCUCAACCUGAUCUCGCUCACGGCCUUCCGCGUGCUGGCAGAGCAGAAUGCCAUACCGGAUGCCUCCAGCGUCACCUGCUACUAUCAGCCGGCACCGUACGUCAGAGACCUGAACUUCAGCAACUACUAUGUGGCCUCCUGUAACCAAUCCAUUCCAACAUGGCUGCCGUGUAACUAAGGAGCUCUAUAGAAGACGACGUGUCGGCGGGGGGGGUGUCAGUCAUUUGGUACUAAAUGGUGUUCGUCCUUUUGGCAUAAAGGAUCUCUUUAAAAGGACAAGCGUUUGUUUUUUUGGGUUUUUUUGGGGGGGGGGGUUGUUUUGUCUUUCUUUUUUUUUUAUAUAUAUAUUGUUUGUUUUGUUUUGUUUUUCCCCUUUUUGGGACUUGGUUUAAUUAUCUGCCGAAGCGUCGAGACCUUUGGAUCCAAAGUGAUAUUUUUAGCGCUUGGGUUGUAUCAAAAAUAUAGAGAAAUUUUGCCCUUUAAAUUUGUUUCUCGGAUUAAUUUUGCCUUUGUGUCCCUAAUCUGAGUAAUGAAUUUCUUUCUUUUUUUUUCUUUUUUUUUUGCAAACUGAAACUUGUGCCUUAAUGCCUCUGUUUCUGGGUCUUUCUUUAGGGGUUGAUGAGUCCAAGAGACAACGUUGCCACUCUGAUAAAAAUAUUAAAAUGUAGGGGGGGAAAAAAAAGAAGAAAAAAGUUUGUUAUACAUAAACAGCAAAAAAAAAAGUUCAAAAUAUUUAAGAUUUGGGGGCAAAAACAAGAACAGCCUUAAGCAGCAAGUUCCAAUGAGCUAGAACUGUUUUUCUUUUUUGUUGUUUUAACCCAGUGGUGAGCUGCUAAUAUUUGUAAAUCUUCAGAUUAACGUUUGUGAACGAGUCCUGUUGGUCCGUCAGAAAGCAGCGUUGGUGUGGGCUACCGGGAAGCUGCACGUUUCUGUUGCCACAGCGAGCGCGCGGGAGAGUUGCGAUCUGCGUCCUCCGAUGUGUUUGCGGGAAUGCGAGGCAUUGUGACGUGAGAUGAACUCCAGAGGUGUCUCUGUUUUGCGCAGUAGGACGACC